GGAGGGAGGGAGGGGUGUCGCGGGCGGCGGAGGCCGUAAAGCGCGUCGGGGGCGCCGUAAAGCGCGACUGCCGGGGAGAACGGAGACGGCGGCGGCGGUUGGGAGGUAAAAUGGCGGCGCCGGUGCGGCCUGGAGGCGGCGAAGGGGGAGAAAGAGGAGGCGGAGGAGGUGUAGUCGUCGUUGUCGUCUUGGGGACCGGAGCGGCCUCCAGAGUCUGACAGCCGUUCUGCAGCGCAAGGUCCAAGAAAACCCCAGGAUCUACUCCAAUUCGAGAGGGAGAGUGAAGGGCGAAUUUGCAAGAAAACAAGAUGUCAGACACGGGGAGUAGCACAGAUGGGAAAACAGACCUGCCCAAUGGCAGCUUGUCCAGCAGCCCAGAGGAGAUGUCUGGGGCUACUGAAGGGCGUGAAACUUCAUCCGGGGUGGAGGUGGAAACUUCGGACCUCAGCCUGAGCCUAACCGGCGAUGAGGUGGGGCCCAACCGUGCGUACACGGAAAGUUCAGCGGAAGAGAAGGACUCGGACAGCAUGGACGACACGGGCCACUACUCCAUCAAUGAACUGAACCGGACCUAUGACCACUCUCACUCAGAGGAGGAGGACGAGGAAGAGGAGGAGGAGGAAGACGAGGAGGAAGAGCAGCUACAGGCACAGCCACAGAUGGAAGCCGAGGCCCAGCGGUCCCGCCGACGCGCCCAGCGCAAGCGCUCCAACCGGGACCGGGACUCCUCAGAUGACGAGCGGGCCCUGGAGGACUGGGUGGCCUCGGAGACGUCCCCGCUGCCCCGACCCUGCUGGAGAGCCGUCUCAGCCCUGCGGGAGAGGGAGUUGGGUUCUAGUGCCCGCUUUGUCUACGAGGCCUGCGGGGCCCGAGUCUUUGUGCAGCGUUUCCGGCUCCAGUACGGCCUGGAGGGCCACGCUGGCUGCGUCAACACCUUGCACUUUAACCAGCGCGGCUCAUGGCUGGCCAGCGGGAGCGAUGACUUGAAGGUGGUGGUCUGGGACUGGGUGCGGAGACGGCCUGUGCUGGAGUUCGAGAGCGGGCACAAGAGCAAUGUCUUCCAGGCCAAGUUCCUCCCCAACAGUGGUGACUCGACCCUUGCCAUGUGUGCCCGCGAUGGCCAAGUCCGUGUUGCUGAGCUCUCUGCCACCCAGUGCUGCAAGACCACCAAGCGGGUGGCCCAGCACAAGGGGGCAUCGCACAAGCUGGCUCUCGAGCCAGAUUCCCCUUGCACUUUUCUUUCCGCUGGUGAAGAUGCUGUUGUCUUCACUAUCGACCUGAGACAAGACCGGCCUGCUUCGAAGCUGGUUGUGACAAAAGAGAAGGAGAAGAAGGUGGGGCUCUACACGAUCUACGUGAACCCAGCUAACACCCACCAGUUUGCUGUGGGAGGCAGAGAUGAAUACGUCAGGAUCUAUGAUCAGAGGAAGAUUGACGAGAACGAGAACAAUGGCGUCCUCAAGAAGUUCUGCCCCCACCACUUGGUGAACAGCGAGUCAAAAGCCAACAUUACCUGCCUGGUCUACAGCCACAACGGCUCAGAGCUCCUGGCCAGCUACAAUGAUGAGGACAUCUAUCUCUUCAACUCAUGCCACAGUGAUGGAGCAGAAUACAUCAAGCGCUACAAGGGGCACCGUAACAACGCCACAGUGAAAGGCGUCAACUUCUAUGGCCCGAAGAGCGAGUUUGUGGUGAGCGGCAGCGACUGUGGGCACAUCUUCCUCUGGGAGAAAUCAUCCUGCCAAGUGGUGCAGUUCAUGGAGGGCGACAAAGGCGGUGUGGUCAACUGCUUGGAGCCCCACCCACACCUCCCCAUCCUGGCCACCAGCGGCUUGGACCACGAUGUCAAGCUCUGGGCCCCCACAGCUGAGGCCCCCACCCAGCUUGCCGGCUUGAAGGAGGUGAUCAAGAAGAACAAGCGGGAGCGGGAUGAGGACGGCCAGCACCACACGGACAUGUACGAGAGCCACCUGCUCUGGUUCCUUAUGCACCACUUCCGCCAGAGGCGGCACCACCGGCGCCGAAGAGAUCCAGGCACUGGAGCAACGGACAGCGACUCAGAUGACUCCCCUAGCUCCUCGGACACGUCUGAUGAAGACGAGGAGGGCCCCGACCGGGUGCAGUGCAUGCCCUCCUGAGGCCCCUGCGGGCGAGGAGCCCUGGUGGGGGGAGGGAGGGGAAAAGGGUGCAGACUUGAAUCCACAACCCCCCUACUCUUAAGUAACAACCAUUCCCCUCUCCUCUGCGCUUUUUACUGAAAUGCCAAGGAAAGCUCCCCCGGCCUCCCCUCCAGCCCCCAUUAGUGAUCAUUCUCCUGGAAAUGGGGCAGCAAGGGAGAGGGGGGGAGCUUUGCCUGCUUGCACUUGGACUUCUGCUUCCGCAUCCGUAGGAAAGCAGGGAGCUGGUGUGCCUGUGUGUGUGCAAGCGUAUGUUGAGGGGAGGACCCUGCCCCCCAAUUGAUCAGCAGAAGCUCCCUCCCCUCUCCCUUGCCCCCGGCUUGGCUUCUGCCUCUGGGCAGGGCAGCAGUGGGGCCGGGGGUCUUUCCCCCCUUGCAUCACCACCGGAUUGUCCCAGAGGGUGUGUGUGUGGGGUGUGUGCUUGGCCAUUGCUGCCCGUUCCCUGUGGAGCUUUUCUUUUGAGUGGCCUGAGUUAGUUCUCCAUUCCACCACCCCACCUUUUUCUUUGAGAUGUUGGUGUGAGCCCCAAAGUGUGUGUGUGUGUGGGGGGAGGAUAUCUUGGGGGUUUCAUGCUUUCUUCCCCCACUUCUUCCUUCUUUCCUCCUUGCCCCCCCCCCCCCCCGGGGCACUGCUGCAUGCUGCACCAGGAUGAGCCAAUGUGGACUCUGCUUUUUUCUGAUGGAAUUUGGGGUGAGGUAUUUUGUUCCCCCCUUCCUGUCCCCCCCCCUUUGGUUGGUUGUGUGGAUUUUUUCUUCUUCUUCAGCAGCGAUUCUAGGCACCAAGAAUUAAUCCCCCUUUGCAAAUUCAGAGCCUUGCCUUUUGCUGUCUAGAAUGACCCAUGGCUGAUGCCGAUGGCCAGCCGUGGGGCUCCUGGCCCCUCUGCCCCCUAACUGCAGGGCAACCUGGGGUCCCAUCCUUGGGCCAGAAGGCUCUUUCUUCCCCUCCUUCCUUCCCCUUAAGAAUUAUCUAUUGUUUCUGAAACAAAUUUCUCCCCUAUUGCUGUUUAGAGGCCUAAUUUUAUAUGUAUUAAACAAGACAAGAACCAAAUUAAACUUGGAUGUUAUCAAGUUAAAA